AUGCCGCCGAAAACAUCCACAGGAAAAGAGAAAGAUCUCACCAACGAAGAUGAGGUCCUGCAGGCAGUUAUCCUUGCCGAUAGUUUCAACCGACGCUUUCGCCCGCUUACAGUGGGUAAGCCCAGGUGCCUGCUGCCUAUAUGCAACGCGACGCUGCUCGACUGGACGUUCGAGAGCCUAGCGCUCGCGGGCGUGCAGGAGAUUUUUGUGAUAUGCAGGUCGUAUGCGGACCUCGUCAAGGCUGCCAUCCGGGAAUCAAAGUGGUCGAAGGCGAGCUCGGGCCUGAAGAUCGUGCCGAUCGUGACCGCGAAGGAGACGUUCUCGCCGGGCGACGCGAUGCGGGACAUAUACACGCACGGGAUCAUCACGUCGGAUUUUGUCCUCGUCACGGGCGAUCUUGUGAGCAAUAUCCGCAUCGACGAGGUCGUGCGCGCACACAAGGAGCGCCGCCGCACGAACAAGGACGCGAUCAUGACGAUGGUCGUAAAGGAGAGCGGCGCGCAGCACCGCACGAGGUCGAGAGGCGAAUCGGGGGUAUUCGUGCUCGAUGCGGCGACGUCGGAGUGUCUGCAUUACGAGCCUGUAAUUGGGUACCCACAUAAUACCCAUGCCCACAUACCGAGGGAGAUACUUGCGGAGCACCCGGAGACUGCUCGAUUGACAUCUGCUCUGUCGAGGCGCGUCCCGUCAUUAUUCCAGGACAACUUUGAUUAUGCAGAUAUUCGGCGGGACUUUGUUUAUGGUGUCCUUACGUCCGACCUGCUCAUGAAGAACAUCCACUGCUACAUCGCGAAAGAGGGCUAUGCCGCGCGCGUAGCGGACACCAGGAGCUAUGAUGCGGUCAGCAAGGACAUUCUGUCGAGAUGGUCGUUCCCACUGGUACCGGAUAACAAUCACCCGGGCGAUCACUCAUACGAACACCUCCGCGGAAACAAAUAUAUUGCAAAAGACAACUCCGUUGUACUGUCCCGCACUUGUAAAAUUGGAUCAAAUACGCUCAUCGGUGCACAUACAAGCGUCUCAGACAAUGCGUCCGUCUCGGCCAGCGUGAUCGGCCAGCGUUGUGUGAUCGGCCCCGGUGCGGUACUGCAUGGAGCGUACAUCUUCGAUGACACGCAUGUAGGCGCGGGUGCUCACGUCGAGGCCAGUAUCAUUGGUUCCAGCGCACGCAUCGGAGAGGGUAGCACCAUUAAGACGGGGUGUCUGAUUGGAGAUGGUGUCAUUCUCGGUGCGGGUGCUCGCUUGGACCGCUUCGAGAAGGUCUCGAGAAGGAGAGAAGACAUCAGUGGAGAGGAUGCCGAUGACGAAGAAGACGACGAAGAGUGGGCGGCGAUAGAAGCAUAUCAGGAAUCGACGACGUCGAUCUUGGGCGAGGGCUCGAACGCCGUGGUCUGGCCACAGCGACCGCUAGAAGAGGACGAGGACGACUCCUUCGAGUCGUACAACAACCAGCGACUGAUGCGCAUCGGCGACGAUGCCGCUGAUCUCGACCUAUCCGACGCCGGGUCCGUCACCGAGUCCGAAUCCGAUUCAGAGUCAGAGUCGGACACCGACUCUGACCUGCACCUUUCCCGGACGUCGUCGAUGACCUCUGCCUCGCUCGCGCCGGACGCAUCUGCGCUGCACAGUCUGCACGCGUCCGCCGCGGACUCGGAGUUCCGCUCGGAGGUGCGGCAGUCGCUCGACCGGGCGUUCGCGGAGGGCCACAGCGUGGACAACGCCGCCGUCGAGCUGAAGACGCUGCGGAUGGCGAGCAACGUGCCGCUGCGGCGCGUGCGGGAGGCGGUCGUCGCGGGCAUCGUCGAGCGGGUCGAGGUCGUCGAGGGCGACGUGGCGAAACAGCGGGCGGCCAUUGCGAAGAUGGUGCACCGGUGGGGGGCCCUGAUCGAUCGGAUCGGUGGUGUCGAUCCCGUGGAGACCGUCGAGGUUCUACAGGAGCACUGUGCGCAGUCCGCCCGACUGCCGCUCUUUGGCCAAAUUCUGGCUGCACUGUACCAGGCUGAUAUUGUUGAAGAGGACGACAUCAGGGCGUGGCAUGCGCGUCCGUCGUCCAAGGGCGGGGAUCUCAAGCCUGGCCCUCAACGCGAGGGCGUCGAGAAGUGCUGGAUGGUCGGGAAGAGGAUGAUAGAGCAGUUUGAUGAGCAGGAGAGUGAGAGCGAGGAGGAGAGCGAAGAGGAAGAAGAGGUUCAGGGGAAGGGGAAGGAGAGCGAGAGCGAGGAAGAGGUCAAAGGGAAGGAGAAGGAGGAGAGUGGGGAAGACGGCGAAGAAAGUGAGGGAGAAAGCGAAGAAGAAAGUGAGGAAGAGAGCGAAGAAGAGGAACAUAAACCCCCAGCCAAACCGACCCCCUCCGUUCCAAAGGAUGCUUCAGAAAAGCCAACUCCGACAGGUGAUGCCGCCGCCACGAAAGCAGCGCCGAGCACAGUCGAGAAGGCGGCAGCCCCUAGUGCAACGAUAACCGCCAGCUCCCAGUCGACUGUGGUCGCUGCCCCUGUGGGGCGCAGUGCGCCCCCGGCAUCAAGAGUUGCUCAGGAUGAUGCAGAGAGCGAGGACAGCGAAGAGGAGAGUGAAGAAGGCAGCAGCGAGGAAGAACACGAAGGCGAGAAGAGCGAACACAGCAGCAGCAGCAGCGAAGAGGAACCGGGGGCGAGGGCGCAUGGGCCUGGCAGUAGCAGUAGCAGCACAGGAACCAGCAGCGAAGACGAGGAAGACUGA